AUUGAAGAUAAAGAAGCUCUCUGAUUUCUCAUUUCUGACUGAAAAAAAAAAACAAAACACAAUGGCUACCAGCAUCACUGCUUGUACCACAACCUCUUUAGUCGCCCGUGCGGCCCUCGUGCACAAGCCAUCUCUAUCCCGCCCCUCUUUUGUUCUUGGGUUGCCAACCAUGAGGAAGAAUAUGGGAAAGGUGAAAUGUUCAAUGGAAAGAGAAGAGUCAAAAUUAGGAAUAUGUGGAUCAUUAGUGGCAGCAGCAUGUGCAGCAACAAUAGCAAUUAGCCCAACAGCAAUGGCUUUAGUGGAUGAAAGAAUGAGCACAGAAGGAACUGGGCUUCCAUUUGGGCUCAGUAAUAAUCUUCUUGGUUGGAUCCUUUUUGGAAUCUUCGGUUUGAUUUGGUCUCUUUACACUGUUUACACUUCUAGCCUUGAUGAGGAUGAAGAUUCUGCAAUGUCCCUUUAAAUUU